AUGCUGGCUGGGUCUGAUCCCCUGAUUGUCCUUGACAUUCCUGGUGAGUGCACUCGGGAUGAAUCGCUCCAUCAUCUUGCCUGGCACAAGGUCGGAAUUAUUGGUGGAACUGGCCUGGAUGAUCCAGAUAUCUUAGAAGGAAGAACAGAAAAAUAUGUUGAUACUCCUUACGGCAAGCCAUCGGAUGCUUUGAUAUUGGGAAAGAUAAAAAAUGUGGACUGUGUGCUGUUGGCAAGACAUGGAAGGCAUCAUACCAUUAUGCCAUCAAACGUCAAUUACCGUGCCAAUAUCUGGGCAUUAAAAGAAGAAAAUUGUUCACAUGUUUUAGUGAGUACUGCCUGUGGUUCAUUACGAGAGGAGAUACAACCUGGUGAUCUUGUCAUAAUUGACCAAUUCAUUGACAGGACAACUAAAAGACAUUGUACUUUAUACGAUGGUCAGCAUUCCACUCUUUCAGGAGUAUGUCAUAUUCCAAUGGCAGAGCCGUUCUGCACCAAAACCAGAGAGGUUCUUAUUGAGACUGCCAAGAAGCUUGGGCUCCAGUGUCAUUCCAAGGGGACAAUGAUCACAAUUGAAGGCCCACGUUUCAGUUCUCGAGCAGAAAGCCUGAUGUUUCGCAGCUGGGGAGCUGAUGUUAUCAACAUGACCACAGUGCCUGAAGUGAUUCUUGCCAAAGAAGCUGGAAUGAGUUAUGCCAGUAUUGCCAUGGCAACAGAUUACGACUGCUGGAAAGAACAUGAAGAAGCAGUUUCAGUGGAUAAAGUUUUAAAGACGCUGAAAGGAAACGCAAAUAAAGCUACUAGCAUACUCCUUACUGCUAUACCUCAGAUAGCUUCCAUGGAAUGGACCGACACCCUGCAAACCCUGAAAGUAAGUACAUACAUGAGGCUGAUGAGUACUGGGGACAAUUCUGUAAGAAGCUGUGUCGUGGAUGGGCCACCUGAUCAGCAAGGGAAAGUCGAUGAGGCCUGCUACAGACAGCUGAAAGUAGCCUCACGAUCACAGGCCCUGGUUCUUAUGGAGGACUGCAGCCACCCUGACAAGGCAUGGCCCCUGGGGCUCUCUUUUGUGGUGGUGGAGAAAGUUGCAGGUACUACGCACAUGGAAGGAGUUACAUCUGUUUGUGAUCCAAAUGGAAGCUAUGUAGUUUGCCUUGACGUUGAUAAGUAA